AUGACUCCGACUAUAGUCGAAGCGUUGCGAACCCUCCAUGAAAUCGAAACUCACUCUCACCAAGAGCAGCUGCCUAGUGAACACCCCAUUGAAACGAGGAAAGAAGUCGAAGAGAACACCCUGCAAAGCUCUACGGACAACGAAACUCAACUGAGCAGAGAGGAUGACGGGAGAAAUGCAGAGUUGACAGCAGAUAGCAAUCAGACUGAGCUGCCAGUUCGACAGAACGUACCUACAGCAAUUUCGGAUGGCGUAAAGUUGUUAGGAAAUGCAAAGGUAUCGCAGGAACCACAACUAGCAGAUCCCAACAUUGGAAAUCCCAUAUCUCACGGUCAAAUCAUUGAUCUAUGGCGAGAUCUAAAUAAACAUGAUUCCUCGUCGCUUACCUUGGAGCUCCUGCUUCGAGGCUCUCGUGUUUAUGUUCCAACUCCAAUUCUAAAGGCGGAGCCUACAUCGGAAUACAAAAUUCUGAUGGCACGACUUCGCCGCGAAGAAGAAGCUCGAGCAUACGAGCGAAUGACAAAUCCUCCUCCCCCUAUGGAGACAUUUACACAAAGAUUCCCGUCCGCGUCUGCCGCUCAUGCAUUCAGCGCCAACUUUCCAGAACCUGCAACUGAAGAUGACGAUGUUACAUAUGCGGAUAUUGACCGACAGAUUGCUGUUAUUUUUAAUGUAAUCGUAUCUAUUGUUGCUUGCGCGUUUGGAUUAUGGAUGGCUGCAAGAUGGUGGAGCACACCUGCGCGGUUGGCUCUGAGUAUGGGUGGUAGUCUUCUUGUUGGGGUUGCCGAAGUUGUGGUUUAUAUGGGUUACAUUAGAAGGGUUGGGGAAGCCAAGGGGCAAGCAAAGAAGCUGCUUGAGGUCAAGGAGGUAAUGACAACAUGGGUGGUUGGUGGCGAAGCAAAAGACGGACAAAUAGAGCCUGUCAUGCUUGGCGAGAAAGAUGACAACGAAGAAGCGAAGCCACGCCGAAGAAAGAAUAUUUGA